CAUCUUAUUUGUUGUUAUAAGUAGGUGUGCUUUGUCUAAUCACUAUGGAAGUGGUAGGAAACUCAUACUCACAUGGUACAACGGUAUUAUGGUUGUGUCUAGUCACUUGACCAUAUUUUGUGCUGUUUAAUCUUCUUAUGUCAUUGAUACAUUAGACCACAGUUUAGUGUGUAUGACAUUAGUGAUUGUCCUUAGACUGUCUUUACAUUUGGCAACUUACCGUCUAUGUAGUAAUUAUGACUCCAGUGUAAUUGCAACUUGCAAAAAGUAAUUGCUUUGAACUUCUAUUUAGUGUACUACUCAGGCUUACUGUCCUAGACAGUUCGUACAUUAACUUGUUGUAGUGAUCACUAUUAACGAUGUAGUGGCGAAAAGUGCUUGUUUUUUAUCUUUAUUUUAAUGUAUGUGUAGUUUUAGCCUGGCUCAAGCUCACUGUCGUAGGUGAGUUCUUACAUUAGCUUGUUUGUAGCAACUUACUGUCUCUGUAGUAAUCAAUAUCAAUGUACUGCCGAAAAGUGAUUGCUUUUGAACUUCAUUUUAAUUAGCUUUAGCCCGGCUCAGUUGAGCUGGGUCCUGUAUUUACAAAGAUCCUUUUUGUGCAGAUUAUAAUAAUUGCCCUUAUGUCAUGAGAGUUUUAAAUAAAUUCACGAGAUCUAUGUUUCGAAGGUGCAAUUCUGUAAUUGCGCGAGUUGAUUCCCAACAGCUGACCAUUUCUUAUGCUAUGUUAUGGAUAUGGAAGCAUUGGGGAGGUAUAACAUGCCUUUCUGAGAUAUGCAUUUUGUUUACGUCAUAGAUGCAUUUCGGAAUGCUCAUUGAUUGUAUGAUCUGCUAACAAAGGUUUGGAUGCAGAUGUGGACACUUGAGGGUGUUAAAAUUUUGUACAAAAACUGUAACUUUCCCACUUGAUGUUAUCAUCAUGCCCUCAUAAAUGAUUUAACCUUCCUAUAAUGGGAAUAUAUACCACUUUAUUUAGAAUUGUGCAACUGUUCUUCGCAGUUUGCUUUUUAACUAGUUCUGUAAUGGGUUGGUAGAUUUAUGUAAUAAGUUUUGUUUCUUGGCUAUUUUUAUGCUUUAUACUUUAACAAUGCAUGUUUGGGACAGCUAAAUCAUUUUUGUUUCAGCCAUAGAAGCAGGGUGCCAUUUAUAGGAAGCAGCUUAUGGAUAAGGCGGCUCUUACUAUGCUGAGGAAUCUUUUGUGGGCAACCUCAAAGCACGAUCUAUACCUUAUGCAGAACUACUCAGUUAUGCAUUGGUCUUCACUCCUCAAAAGGUGCAAGGAAGUAAUAAAUGUUGCUAUGCCUGUAUUACCUACUUUGAAAUAUCCUGGAUCUUUUUCUCGUUCAUUGUCCUGUGUACAAGUAAGUACUAUGGCUGUGAAGGACAACUUAAUUGUUGCUGGUGGUUUUCAUGGUGAACUAAUUUGCAAGUAUCUGGACAAACCUGGAGUUUCCUUUGCCACAAAAAUCGCAACUGAUGAAAAUGCCAUAACUAAUUCAGUUGAUAUCUCUUACAGUUCAAGUGGGUCAAUGAGGGUUAUGACUGCUAACAAUGAUGCACUUAUAAGGGUGUUUGAUGCGAAGAGUUUUGCUUGCAUUGAUAACUUCUCGUUUCCAUGGUCUGUUAAUGAUACAUCUGUUAGUCCUGAUGGCAAAUUAUUAGCUGUCCUUGGGGACAGCACAGAAUGUUUGCUUGCAGAUGCUCAAUCAGGGAAAGAAAUCUACAAAAUGAAAGGGCAUUUAGACUACGCGUUUGCUUCGGCAUGGCAUCCUAAUGGACAAAUAUUGGCAACAGGGAACCAAGAUACAACCUGCAGAUUGUGGGACAUAAGGAAUCCGUCCAAAUCCUUGGCCGUACUCAAAGGUAGAAUGGGUGCAAUUAGAGCCAUAAGGUUCAGUGCAGAUGGUCGAUACAUGGCCAUGGCAGAGCCAGCAGACUUCGUUCACUUAUUCGACUCUCAAACAAAUUAUGAAUCUGGCCAGGAGAUUGAUGUGUUUGGAGAAAUAGGUGGCAUAUCUUUUAGCCCGGAUACUGAAGCAUUGUUUGUUGGCAUAUCAGAUCGCACGUAUGGUAGUGUUCUGGAGUUCACCCGAAGACAUCAUAACCGAUACCUGGAUGCAAUAUUUUAGUCGACAUUUCAGUAAAGUUUUUAUGGCUAGUUAUUUGGUAUAUAUAUACUCGUAUAAACCUGCUGUGUACAUAGUAAAUAGCCCAGGGUUAUAUUUCUGGGUGUGAGUGUUGAUCGAAUUGGCGAUUAUUCUAGCUUAAUUUGGUUUGCAUAUCUAGGACUUAAAAAACCGAUGUCAUUUCAUGGUAGAGUGGUUGCUAGCCAGUAUGAUGUUGAGUUCUUGACUCUUUUUUUU